AUGGCUUUCAUCUCUUGUUCUCGUAUCAUCCUUUCGAACGUGUUCUCCAUUCUCCGUAGCGGCGAGUGCUCUACCCUAGCCGCGUCCAAGAAACUAUCGGAGAGCAACCUCGAAGAAAUCGCAAAUGCCUUCCACAUCCGUUGUCUGGGGCCAAUGCGAGAGUUUCUAAGAGUCAAUUACGACAACAAGGCUCUGCUGGCUGAGCUGAUCUAUCUCGAAGACGCUUACCGGCUUGCGCAAUCCGGAGAGGUGGAUCAGGUCAACGAAAUGACCGAUCUUCAGCUCAGACUUGUCGCUUACAGCAAGAACAUUCUCCCCCUCGAAGAGCUCUACAGCCGAAAUUCCUUCCAGAUACGGAUAUCACUCCUGGUCAUGUUUGCUUGCCGCCCCGCCUUGCAAUUUGAGCAGGAUCCAGAGUCAAUCGAAGAGAACGACGAGUCGGAAGAGAAGAUCAUCUUCACGAAGCUCGACGGAGUUGUCAUGCGAUUUUAG